GUUUGACUCUGAUUCACUGAUUAGCCCUUCCUGAGUCUGAUGUGGAACAUGACAGAUGCUGACUUUAUAACUGAGGGAAUACAACCUGGCAACUGAUGAGAUAAGAAAAGGAGAAAAAGAAACAUUCAAAUUCAUCAAAUUUCCCAUGAUUUCUUUUCUUCAGAUCUGGAAACUAUAUUAAGGCAAAUGCUUUGGAAUCCAGAGACAAAGAAGCAAAGCUGGACAGAAGGGAAAACAUGAGCAUAGUUCAUGUUGCUUGGAAACAGAUGAGCUCAUAAGACUAUUGAACUGCACUUAAGUGUGGAAAAAAUACAUCAGGGAAACAACAGAGUGUUUGUAAAAGGACCACAAGCAACAUGUAUUUCUUUCUUACAACACAACACUUUUUUGCAAGAUAAAAGAAGUAGUGUUCCAGCUGUGCUUGAGUCCAGGAUUAUUGCUUUAGGGAGAACGUUGCUGCCACAGAAACCAGUGUAAUUUCUCUAAAUUACACAGACUGUGUAUGUAUGUAUGCACUGUGUGAGGGAAGCAUGCCUGUGUUCUUCCUGAGAGAAACUUAAUUGACUCUGCUCUAAAUUGUAAGUGCCAGAUGAAACACAAUUAGAAUUUUAUUUUGAAUGAAUAAUUAAACAAAAUAUAAUUCCAGUACAGUAUUUUACCAGAAUAUUACUAAGUAAUUUAAGGGGAUACAGCAUUAGGUUUUCAUUUAGUAAUUUAAAACGUGAAACUGUGUUUAGUUAACCCUUUUAUUUCAGAUAUAUGUUAUGACAAUCCCUUUGUAAUGUAUUUUAGUGUGACUACAUUUAGCAGUCAUAUUGCAAAAAUGUGCUAAACUUUAACAAAAAGAUUUUUAACGAAAGAUUGUAGCUCCCUUGAUAACACUACUUUAAAUAACUAUACUUUUACCUUUUGUAUGUACAGUUUCUAUUUAUUUAUUUCUCAGACUAACUGCAAAAUGAAUCAAGCAUUUCUGCUAAGUGUUGCUGCAUAUGUGGCACUAGCAGGGAUUUGUGUGUCACAAAAAAUGUCUGCACAAGGAAUAAGAGAAAACACCGGAGUCCAAAAACUGACUCUAAGACAUAGAUUAAGCAGACCACUUAUUCAGGGACUGCACUCCUCUCAAAGACAAUCUAAUGCAACCAGACUGCACAGUUUACAGCACAGAACUGUAAGUAAGUUAGGAGUGACACCUUCUGGGCAAAGACAACCUGUGAUACAACCGCUGUCUCAGGUAAGAAACAGCAACGUUAGAACAGUACAAAGCAAUGCAACUGCUAUGGUAAGACAUGACCAGGAUGAAAUGGUCAAGGAUGAAAGCACUCCUAUGGCUGUAGCUCGAUCUAGAGUGGUCCGUAUGCCAACCACUUCACGUUCUUCACCCAACAUUUUAGCCAGGUUUGCUGGGAAACAUCGACUUUGGGUUAUUUCGGCCCCUCAUGCUUCUGAUGGUUAUUAUCGUCUUAUGCUAAGUCUCCUGAAAGAUGAUGUGUACUGUGAGCUUGCUGAGCGGCACAUCCAGCAGUUAGUGAUAUUCCAUGAAGAAGGUGAAGUAGGAGGAAAAAUCAGAAAAAUUACUGAUGAGGGCAAAAUUGUGGAAGAACCCCUGGAUCCUAGUUUUGUCCCAAGAUUAAUGAGCUACUUAAAGCUGGAAAAGGGUAAAUUUGGCAUGGUCCUAUUGAAAAAGACUCUGCAGGUAGAAGAGAAGUAUCCUUAUCCAGUAAGACUUGAAGCUAUUUUUGAGGUUGUUGACCAAAGUCCAAUCAGAAGAAUAGAGAAAGUCAGACAAAAGGGUUUUGUGCAAAAAUGCAAAACGUAUGGGGUUGAGGGCCAAGUUAUUGAAGCUGGUCAUCAAGAAAAAACAGUGAAACAUACAGAAAGUCCAAAACCCACACAGAGUAAUGAAAAUAUUCUAGUCACUACAGGGAAAAAAGUAGAAGGAAGACCAGACAUUGCCCAAAUCAGGAAGGAAAUUAGGAAAAAGAUUAUGGCAAAGAAGCAAAUGCAAACAGCAGCUUCAAGAACUACAACAAAAACAACCUCAACUACUCUUCCUACAUCAACUAGUACAACAGUUCCUACCACUGUGCCUACAACAACCACAACUACUAGAACAACUACUCAAACUACAACCACAACAACUAGAGCACCAACAACAAAAACCACAACUACACAGAAAACGUGGGCAGCAAGAAUGCCUACAACAGGACAUUCAGGAGCUGACUUCUAUCCAACACCAGUGGUGCCUGAUGUAAUAAGGUCAACUGAGGUCUAUUACACUUUUACAAGAAGAGACAGGCAUCGUAACAGGCAGCAUGGCUCUGCAGGUCGAAACAGUGUUAGAACUUCAAGAUUUGGUAAAACAACAACUUUAAUGCCAACAGAAUCCUACACAGUCACAACUACAACCUUUCCUACCACUGCAUUCUAUGCAAGAUUAAGCACAGACAGAUACGGAGAUAAUCUCAUUGAUAGAAGAGACUACAGUCGAAGGAAUCCAAGUGUCUCACCAACUCAGCAUAAACCAACAAGGCCAAAAACAACAAAAAAGAAAACGGACAGAAUACUAACAAAUGAGUAUGAAGAUAAAUAUGAUGUGAACAGGCCCACUGCGACCAAUGUGGCAGAAGAGGAGACAGUGGCCAGUAUUCCACAGAAGAAGGGUAAGGAUCAGAAAAAGCAUGAGAAAGACAUCAAAAAGAAAAAGAAGAAUGACAAAGUGCCAAAAGGUGACAAACUUGCAAAGAAAAUAAAAAGUGAAAAUAAACUGAAAUUAGUUAAGGAGCCUAAGGCUGACCAUCGCAAUGUCAAGAAAAACAAGAAGACAUAUAAAAACGAGAAUGAUGAGAAACCACCAGAGAAUAAACCAUCUUUGUUCAGCUUUCUGGAUUACUUUACAAACAAGAGGCGACUAAUAUUGAUUACAACUCCAUCAGAAGAAAAUGAAAUGUAUGUACAGCAACGGGAUGAGUACCUGGAGGCGGUCUGUGAAAUGUCAUUAAGAAAAAUAUCAAUCAUCACAAUUUUUGGACCCUUUGGUAAUAGUACAAUGAAAGUGGACCAUUUUCAAGUAGACAAUGAGAAGCAUAUGAAGGUAUUAUCAGACGAUGAUCUGCUGAAUCAAGAUCUCAUCACUGAACUACGCAAGGAAUAUGGCAUGUCCUAUGAUGAUUUCUUCAUGAUCCUGACUGAUCUAGACUUAAGAGUCAAGCAAUACUAUGAGGUACCUAUCACAAUGAAAGCUGUGUUUGAAUACAUUGAUACCUUCUCAUCAAGAAUCAAAGAAAUGGAAAGACAGAAAAGGGAAGGGAUCUCCUGCAAAAAAGAAGAAAGACCUCGGUCACUUGAAAACUUCUUAUCCAGGUUUCGUUGGAGAAGGAGACUUUUGGUUAUCUCAGCACCAAAUGAUGAGGAGUGGGGCUACCAGCAUCAGAUUAGCGCUCUCAGUGGACAGGCAUGCAAUCUCGGACUUCGACAUGUUGCCAUUAUGAGAUUAGUAGGAGAUUCAGUUGAUAAUGGUGGAAUAUUGGAACUGUUUUCCAUAAAUGGAAGUGGCACAGUGGAGCGAGAAGAAAUACCAUAUUCCCUGAUACAUGACAUAAGGAACUACUUCCAGCUGAGCCGUGAAUAUUUCAUAAUGCUCCUUGUUGGGAAAGAUGGGAAUGUGAAGUCCUGGUAUCCGUCCCCUAUUGGGUCUAUGGCCAUUGUGUAUGAUUUAAUUGACUCCAUGCAACUCCGUCGUCAGGAAAUGGCUAUUCAGCAGUCUCUAAACAUGCGCUGUCCAGAAGAUGAGUAUGCUGGAUAUGCUUACCCUGCUUAUCAUCAUGGGUACCAGGACGACUACCAUCACCGAUCAGACUAUUACCAUGGGUACCACUACAAGAGAUGAUCUUUUGUUUAACAUGAACAGCAGUCAGAGUAAAUCACAUUACUCAUUGCUGCAUUAUGAGCCCUUUUUAUAAGCCAUGGAUUUUUCUAUUUUUUAUUUUUGAUCAUUUUAAACUGUAUAGCUAUUACUGUGCUUCCAAAAUUACCAUAUAUGUGUAUAUAUUUCAAGUAUUUAUUGGAUGACAAGAAACUGCACAACUAUAAAGGGAUCGUAACAGUAUUAUAGUUCAAAUCCAUUCCCAAGCAAGAAUCAGUGAGGUUGAAAAUUAGAGAACAAAACCUGUUUGCACUUUUUCAGUAUUAUUAUUAUCGUUAAUUAUAUUUUAGUCUUAGUUUUUUAUUGCAUACAUAUUUUGCAUGAGUUCCCUUUACUUCCUGUGUACCUGUUAUUUGUAUAAAAUGGCUUUCAAAGCUUGUAAACAGCGUAGCAAUGGAAUUAUGGCAGAAGCAGAGUGUAGUAGUCUGCUAUUACUGCAGAAGGUGCAGCGCAGGCUGCAUGCACUACAUAUUAUUAUUUUUCUGUAGGUAACAUUACUGCUGUUAUACUAAGGCAUACCUCUGACAGUAUUCCUGCUGCUGCCAGGGUGACUUUGACCAUUUCUCAUUUAUAUGUUGAUAAAGUUGUGAAGACCAAGUAUUCUGUUGUAUUAAAGAGAAAGUAUGUAUUUGUAUGCCCUACUUAGGGGGCAUGAAAACUAAAAAAACCCUUGAUGAGUGGUCUAAAUGCCCUAAAAUGUACAACAGAGGUCAGUCUUGGGGAAAUAAUGAGAAUGAUGAUAUUAAUCUUUAUAGCAAUAUCAAAAAUAUGCCAGAUUGUUUAAAAGUAACAUUCACGUAUCUCCAUUUCCAGGGCAUCAGUCGCCGAAAGACACAUAACUGAAAAACAAAUGUGUCUACAGUGCAGUCGUAAAAAGAAUUGUAUGACAAAUUAAAACUAGUUUUUCUGCCUCC